UUGGUUCACCCUUUGAUGCCCUGGAAAACGCACAAAAUACUGUCUUACAUGAUCUUUUAUACCAACGUCAUUUGAAUGAAUAUUAUUCAUGGAUUAGUGUUGAAUAAUGAAUUUAUGUUGUCCGUAUUCAUCUCAGUUUAACUCUUACAAAAACAAAUUUGAUAAAUUAAGAGUUCAGCAUUGUUGUCAGUAUGACGUAGUAAGAGACGCGUGCGUAAGGAGCGCCGCUGCCCUUCAGGAAGGGAGGAACUACAAGCAGACGAUUAAAUAUGCGCACAAUCCUCUUGUCUGCAAAAGUUUAAGAGAAACAACAAUACUAUCCAUUAAGAGGAUUGUUACAAGUGUUCUGUUACUAAUAAAAAAAACGCCUAGACGACGAAUAAUUUCACCGUAGAAAUAAGAGAAAUAUAAAAUGGCUAGCAGCUGAAAAUUGGUAUGCUGUGGCCACAAUGUCAAAAAAAGAAGAUUCGGGAGGAAAGAAAGGUUCUCACCAAACUGAACUUUACGCAGAGGUCCCUGCGACAUGCCUGCCUAUUGUCUAUUCCCCAGAGUACAACAUCACCUUCAUGGGUUUGGAAAAGCUGCAUCCCUUUGACGCUGGCAAAUGGGGCAAGGUCAUUCGCUUCUUAAAAGAGGAGCAGUUCAUCACUGAUGAGAUCAUUGUUCUAGCCCGGGAGGCCAGUGAGGCGGAUCUUCUUGUGGUUCACACCACACGUUACCUGAACAGACUCAAGAACGCUAUCUUGGAGGGCUCCAGAGAGUGGUCGCUGGUGGUUGCCACCAUCACAGAAAUCCCACCUGUCCUGUUCCUGCCCAACUUCCUGGUACAGCGCAAAGUUCUAAAACCUUUGCGAACACAAACGGGAGGAACCAUUAUGGCUGGAAAGCUGGCAAUGGAUCGAGGAUGGGCAAUAAAUGUGGGAGGAGGCUUCCACCACUGCUCCAGUGACAAAGGAGGAGGUUUUUGUGCCUACGCUGACAUCACACUAGCGAUCAAGUUUCUCUUUGAGAGGGUGGAAGGAGUUGCCAGGGCCACCAUCAUCGAUCUAGAUGCCCAUCAGGGAAACGGCCACGAGCGGGAUUUCCUGGAAGACAGACGCGUUUACAUAAUGGAUGUCUAUAAUCGCCACAUCUAUCCAGGAGAUGGAUAUGCAAAGAGGGCGAUUAAACGAAAAGUGGAGCUGGAAUGGGGCACAGAAGACAUGGAAUAUCUACAGAAAGUGGAGCUCCAUUCAGAAGGGGCGCUGAAUGAAAUACGGCCUGACAUCAUCAUAUACAAUGCAGGCACGGACAUUCUUGAUGGAGACCCUCUUGGAGGGCUGGCUAUAUCCCCACAGGGUAUCAUAAAGAGAGAUGAGAUCAUCUUCAGGGCAGCCCGGCGACGAGGAAUCCCCAUCCUUAUGGUGACGUCAGGGGGCUACCAGAAGAAAACCGCCCGCAUCAUUGCUGACUCCAUCCUGAAUCUGCACAGACAGGGUUUGAUUGGUGAAGAGGCUGUAGAGGGUGCGGGACCCUCACAUGUACCGCUCAUGAUGAGCAAAUCUGUGUCAUUGGGGGCCACGUUCAGUGCCAUUUAAACUCUCCUGAUCUUGGACCUUGUCAAGUGUGUCAGACACACUGUUCAUUUAUCUAAUGCAAACAUUUAGAACUAAUAUAUAAUGUUCUGGUCAGGGAUCUAAUGGUUUGGUGGUUUGGACCGAGAUUGACUCAGGAUAGUUUUCGUAGUUCAUCGAUUUGAACUAUUUAACUCGUAUGUUGCAUUUUUUGUGAUAGUUUUGGAGUGAAAUUUUGAAAUUGGGUAAUAUUUUCAACUUUUUCAUCAUUUCUUAAGGGUAUGCAAUGCUUGUUUGCACAUUCAAUUUUCAAAGGAAUAGUUUACCCCAAAAUAAAUUCUGUCAGCAUUUGCUCACACUCAUUCCAAAUCCAUUCAGUUUUAUUAUAUGUAAAAGAACAUUUUUCAUUUUGUGUUCCACAAAAGAAAGACAAUGAUACGGGUUUGGAAUGACAGAAUUUUCAUUGUUGGGUAAACCUUUUUAAUUGGUGCCCACAAGUUGGGCAUUGAAAGGGAAUUGAUUUCUUCUCAAUUUCAAAUUUAAAAAACAAAUCUAAGGGAUACUGUACAUUAAUACAUUCCUCUAGAGAUCCCCAGUUUGAGAUCCACACAAGAAAAAUAGAUCAUAUGCCAAGAGUUGAUUUUAUUGAGGAAUUUUUGUCAGCUGCAACACUAUAUUAGAUUUAUUCAAAAUUAAAUUAUGGCAUUAUGAAUCAAUUUUGGAUGCAUUACAGAUUCCUCAUUGCGUCGACCUGCUCUGCCAUCACGCCUUAAAUUAUUCUGUGCCAUUAAAUGGAAGUUGCUUUUAAGACCUGCUUUUGUGACCAGUUGGUUUUAGCAGCACGCAGGAAUUCUCAUUUGUGUGCAUCAGCAGGUGGACCACUUGCAGGCUGAGUGCUUUCUAUCAUAUUACACCUGGCAGGCUUUUGAAAUGUCUUCAGGCUGAGGCCGGGGCUCUCUCUAUUAGGAAAUGAAACUCUUCAUUGGAGAAUUUGAGAGACACUGCAGUUGGUUACCAGUGACAGUUCUAAAGCCGUGAUCUUGACUGCCUCAAUUUAACAAAAUGGGUCCUGUCAUCUAGAGAAUAAGUAGGAGAUGAUGACACUGGUUUCUUUUUUUGUUCAGAUUCUAAAUUCUAGUUUGAAAUCUAGAUUCUCAGAUUUUGAUUUUGUUUUUGUUUUGUGUUUUUUUUUUUUUGACAUCAAAUGUAGAACAGUCUACUAUUUUUACUCGAGGAGUUCAUUACUCCACACAGAUUUACCACUGAAUUUGUCACUAUUGGCAUUAUAAGCUUUUAUUUAAAGGUAUGAUUCACCCAAAAAUGAAAAUUCAAUCCUCAUUUAU